AUGCCUCAAAAAUCCCCCAAACCGAAGGGUCCGCCGCCCACCGACUACAAAGCCAUCGCCGAGCAAUUCGCCAAAUUGAAGCGCCAAAGGGAGACUGAGGAGGCUAGCAGAUCCCCCGAGGAGAUCAAGGCGGAAAAAGAACGAGCACUCCUUCGCGAGAAGCAGCGCGAGGUGUUUGAAGGCCGGCGCAAGAAUGCCUACGAGCGUAGAUGGUGGUGGACUGUUGCGUUCUGGGCGUGGAUGCUGUGUCUACAUGCUAUUGGCAUCGCCUUCUUCACCAGCGGCUUUCUCCUGACGCGACUGGUCCUCGACGAGAAGUCCAACUGUACGGCACCCCCGCUCGAGCUCUCGUCGAGCUGGAAGGGCCAAGGCACGGUCCAGGGCGGUUGCUGGCACCCAAAGUCGUUUGACAAGGCCGUGGUCGUCAUCGUCGAUGCGCUGCGGUACGACUUUACGGUUCCUGUGGAGGACCAGGCUCCUUUUCACAACGCGUUACCCUUCUUGCACGAGACUGCCGUCAAGUCCCCGGAACACGCUUUCCUGCGCCCCUUUAUCGCCGACCCGCCGACUACUACUCUCCAGAGGCUGAAGGGUCUGACCACUGGUACACUGCCCACGUUCAUCGAUGCCGGUAGCAACUUUGCUGGUACCGCUAUUGAGGAGGAUAAUCUUCUCAUGCAACUGAAGGACGCUGGGAAGCGCAUCGCGCACCUGGGCGACGAUACUUGGAUGUCUCUGUUCCCCGGUUAUUUCGAGGCCAACGUGAGCAGAGCGUACGACAGCUUCAACGUCUGGGACUUGCAUACCGUCGACAACGGGGUUAUUGAUCACAUCUUUCCUCUCCUCAAGCAGGAGCAGAAGGGUAAGUGGGAUGUUCUCAUCGGUCACCUCCUUGGUGUCGACCACGCCGGCCAUCGUUACGGACCAAACCAUGCGGCAAUGACGGCCAAGCUCCAGCAGAUGGAUAUCUUCAUCCGCGAUCUUGCCGCUCAAAUCGAUGACAAUACUCUGCUCGUCGUGAUGGGAGAUCACGGCAUGGAUAGCAAGGGCGACCAUGGCGGCGAGAGCGACGACGAGGUCGAGGCAGCUCUGUGGAUGUACUCGAAGCGCCCUUUCUUUGGUCGGACCAAGCCCGAGUUCAAGCAGCCCCCGAGCAUGGCCAAGGUCAGACCGGUCAAUCAGAUUGACCUUGUACCAACUCUGGCGCUUCUUCUGGGAAUCCCGAUCCCUUACAAUAAUCUGGGACGUCCCAUUGAGGAAGCUUUCGCUGGCAAGAAGGGCAAAGCCUGGGAUAAUCUGGCGGCUGUAUCACGGUUGACCGCCGCCGGCAUCCAGCGAUACCAAGACUCGUACUUUGCUGCCCGUGGCAUUGAUCAGUCCAAGAGCGCCACGGCCGGUCACGUAUCGAACCUCUGGAGGAAGGCCGACCGUUCAUGGCAGUGGAAGAAUCACCAGGAAUCCUACGGCUUUUUCAACAUGUUCCAGGAGGAAACUCUGCGCAUCUGCAAGGACUUGUGGGCCCGUUUCGAUGUGCCCAAGAUGGUGACGGGUAUUGUGGUCAUGGCGGUCGGAGUCAUUACUCUGCUCGUCUAUGCCUCGCGCGACGAAGAUGAGGACUUUGCUGUUCUCGACGAUCUCGAGCUGGACCAGGCAGAGAUGAAGCUGGAACUGCAGGGUGUCCAACCCGAUGGAACUGCGUCGUACAAGACUCUCCACGAGAAGAUCUUCCUUGCGGCAAUUCUCGGCGCUGUACCUGGAGCACUGGUUGGCGCCGGAUACUCCGUCUUCACCGGCCCCGAGGAUCUGGUCUACGCUGUUGCUGGCGGCGCUGUCACUAGCGCGCUAGGUGUCGUGUUCUCGCUUUAUGGCUUCGGCAAGACUCUUCGCAAUCUUCUGCCCAACAAUAUCUGGGGUUGGCUUGCCGUUCUCUUCACGGUCAGCCAGUCCAUUGGUUUCGCAUCAAACUCAUACACCAUCUGGGAGGAUUCGAUCCUCCUCUUCUUCAUCACGACCUUUGGCGUAGCGAACGUCUUUGCUGCGUUCUCGGUGCCUACGAUGCGGGAACGCACCCUCGCGAUAUACCAUUCGGUUCUUUUUGUCAUUCUUGGUCGGCUCGCAUCAUUUUCCAAACUCUGCCGUGAGGAGCAAAUGCCCUACUGUACUUCGACCUACUAUUCCUCGGCUACCUCCUCAACGUCUUCUACCUGGCAACUGGCCAUUCCUUUCGCCGUCGCCCUUAUCCUGCCUUCCAUCAUCCAGUCUUUCCUUCUGCCUACUCGCAACUGGGAGGGGCUUGGACCAGCAUGGAUUGGUUAUGUCUACCGCAUUGGCUUGCUUCUAUCAGCAUCAUACUGGGUUCUCGAUGCCGCCGACAAUGGCGAUUGGUUUCCAGACCUGCCGGCCCAGACCCUGAAGAACGCCGGAACCUACAUGGCCCAGGUGAUUCUCGCUCUGGUUUUCGUAGCGGGCACUACCGCCUUUGUCUGGGCGCCGCCGCUGGUCUCUAUCUUCAGAACACCUACAAACGCCGGCCCCCAGAUCACUGUUUUGGGUUAUGGCAACACGCAUGGCUCGAGAUAUCUGCUUCUUCCGAUGAACAUUGUAGGAGCCUGCAUCCUCCUGUCCAAGCCUAUGGGAGGUGGCGCUUUGGCCCUGAUGUUUUGGCAGAUUCUCUCGCUCGUGGAGAUUCUCGACCUUAACUCUUUGACAAACGAGGCGAUUGGACCCAUUAUGCUUGCAAUCAUUGGCAACUUUGGGUACUUCAAGACAGGCCACCAAGCUACACUCAGCAGUCUCCAAUGGGACAGCGCUUUCAUCCCGCUAUUCACCAUCAGAUACCCAUGGAGUCCCAUCGUCAUGGCCCUCAACACAUUCGCGGGUCAAAUCGUUGCGGUCGCGGCCGUUCCUCUCAUCGUACUCUGGAAAGUGAGUCCUAAGAGGAAGGGAGUACUUGAGAGCGUCGGCAGAGCGCUGGGCAUAUUUGUUGCCUACUUCGCCGUUGAGUCUUUGGCAACCAUGGCGUGGGCCGGGUGGCUGAGGAGACAUCUCAUGCUGUACAGAGUGUUCAGCCCCCGCUUCAUGAUGGCGGCGGCUCUGCUGCUGGUGGUAGACUUGGUUGGACUUGUCAUCACGCUCAUCGGUGUCAGAUCCAACACGAUGGCGGUGAGCGAGGUUUUUGGCUGGGUUGAAUAA